AUGCCCAAUAGUGCAUCAUCUACAUCAACGUACACCACGUUAAUGCGGGUAACGACAGGGGGUCGCCCUUACUGUCAGGAUCUCAACGAUCUGUUCGCUGCACUUGUGAUCCAACAUGGGCUCAAAGAUCACCGUUAUCGAUUCCGUACCAUUAGCAAUAGCUUCGUGCUCAGUGAAGCGAUUCAAGUGCUUGGACACUUGCAGUUCACGCAUAUCUCGAAGACGCCUGAUCCCGCCGAUCCUUCACGGCUGAUAGCAACACGCACGACAACGACGUUUACUAUGUCUCCUCAUAUGGCACGCUCAUUGGGUCAAUACUUUGCAACAUCACGCCUACUUGAAAAUGCAGUUGAUCCAGCUAGCCGUGUCAUGAAGGAUAAAGUGAUAUGGAUCCUCACCCCCAAGGCCAAGUUUGUCAUCCAAGACUUUGCCAAGCGUGCUCAAGUAUCCAUCGCCCAUAUUCAACCAGCAUUGAUCAAGAUCGAGACCUUCAACGUGGCUGUGCUUGAAAGAUUACAUGACCAUGAUGAUAUGAUCGCUUUUGCACGACCCAACAUGACGAUAGCCUUCAAGACUAUGAUGGCUUAUCUUCCUAUGGAGUCAUUGAUGGCUGAUGAUGCUGGAGGAAUCGAGACUAAACACCUCGAGGAAUAUCAAUAUACGUUUUUCGGUUACCAGGCAUAUGAAUGGAUUUGCGAAUAUACAACGGCUGUUACCAAGGAAGAAGCUGAAGCAGUCGCUGCCGAAUACGUUUUAUAUGGAUGGAUCAGCCAAGUCCUUGACAAAUCGGAUCGAGACAACAGCGUCAAGGAUGACUCGGUCACUUUUCGAAUGGGAAGGAAUACAAUGUAUCAUGUCACUUCUCGUGGACGACAAGUUCUUGGUUGGGAUCGACCCAGCAGCUCUGUAUCCAGCACCUUAGAUCGACACGAAGUCAUUGUUCAACGACAACGUACACUUGCAUCACGUCUCAAGAGCAGCAGCAGCAACAGCAAUAUUGCUAUCAAUACGCAAUCUAAACCAGUGCCGAUCAAUAAGACAACUCCUUCUGUAUCUACACCAAGUCCAACAGCCACAACGUCGAGUACUCCUUCAUCCACCUCUGGUGAUUCCACCCUAGAUACAGAGGAUAGUGCUGAGGCUCUUAAUGGUUUCCAGGGCGUGGAAGGAUUGGAAUUCAAUAUGCCAAUGGAACAAGAUGGUGAUAAAAAGCAACAUCCUCCAGCUGCAGCGACCACACAACAACAACAACAUAACACUGAUAUUGAUGAAGUCACCGAACGCUUGCUUCAAUUAAGAGCGAAUGGCCAAGACAAAAACGACGCUCGCAAGGUUCGAAAGCAAUCAAUAUCACGACCAUCCAGCAUUGUUAUGGGUCAUGGCAACAACGGCAGCCACAACAACAACAAUGGCAUUGAUUUUAUUACAUCGGCACCGGUGGAGAGUGUACUUGAUCCACAUUCGCACUGGUACAAAUUGCGUCAAAUUCUUGAAGAUCCAUUACUACGCAUGUAUUUUCGUGAUUUCCUCAAGUCUCAGUAUUGUGAAGAGAACGUCAAUAUUUGGGUCGACUUUUACACAUUGCGCAAAAAGUGUAACAAGGGCGGUGUAUCCAGUAGGGAAUUACUACGAGAUGGCUACAGCAUUUACGACACGUACUUGGCACCGGAUGCUCCUUCAGAAGUCAACAUCAAUCAUGCGUUGAAGCAAGAAAUCAUUGCCUACAUUGCGAAUAACUUUACGGUCCAUCAUCCAGGCAGCAACACUGAAGGCCAUUAUCAUCCAUCGACAUUGACAGGGGGUGGUGUGCCUUUUGGUGCAAACGCUUUUCAGCCUGCAGGACAACAGAUGACAGUGAUUGUAAACGGCCACGCAACCCAAUGUUUACGCAGCUUACUCAAGUUAUACGAGCGAGUCAAUGAGCAUAUUUGUCGUACGAUGGCUCAAGAUGCUAUCCCAAGGUUUAUCAAAACCGAAAAGUAUCAUCAGCUUUCAGUGCAACCACGUUCGACAACUUCAGUGACGCGACGCAAUUCAACCCUCUCACGUUACGAUCGGGAUAAACUCGAUGAGGACGACUUGGAAGAAGAUUGA